AUGAGAGUGAACGGUAGCGAGCUGAACAGCUCCGUCCUCCCGCGGGACCCGCCCGCUGAGGGCGCCCCUCGCCGCCCGCCCUGGGUGACCUCCACCUUGGCAGCCAUCCUCAUCUUCACCAUCGUGGUGGACCUGAUGGGCAACCUCCUGGUCAUCAUCUCCGUCUACCGCAACAAGAAGCUGCGGAACGCGGGAAAUGUGUUUGUUGUAAGCCUGGCAGUUGCAGACUUGGUUGUAGCAAUCUACCCUUAUCCACUGGUCCUCACAUCUGUAUUUCACAACGGAUGGAAUCUGGGAUACCUUCACUGCCAGAUUAGUGGUUUCUUGAUGGGCCUAAGUGUCAUUGGAUCAAUCUUCAAUAUUACAGGCAUCGCUAUCAAUCGGUACUGCUACAUCUGCCACAGUCUCAAAUAUGACAAGCUGUACAGCGACAGGAAUUCAUUGUGCUAUGUUGCUCUUAUCUGGGUCCUAACAUUCGUUGCUAUCUUGCCCAACCUGUUCGUGGGAUCACUACAGUAUGACCCCAGGAUUUAUUCAUGUACAUUUGCACAGUCUGUGAGCUCAGCAUAUACAAUAGCAGUUGUGUUUUUCCAUUUCUUGCUUCCCAUUGCCAUAGUUACUUUCUGUUACUUGAGAAUAUGGAUUCUCGUUAUUCAGGUAAGGCGAAGGGUUAAACCAGAUAACAAUCCCCGGCUGAAACCACAUGACUUCAGGAACUUUGUAACCAUGUUUGUGGUAUUUGUACUGUUUGCAGUCUGCUGGGCUCCUUUGAACUUUAUAGGCCUUGCUGUGGCUGUCAACCCAGAAACUGUAAUCCCUAGGAUUCCAGAGUGGUUGUUUGUAUCUAGUUAUUACAUGGCAUAUUUCAACAGCUGCCUUAAUGCUAUUAUAUAUGGACUCCUGAACCAGAACUUCAGAAGAGAAUACAAGAGAAUUAUUGUCACUUUUUGUACCGCAAAAGUUUUUUUCCAAGAUAGUUCUAAUGAUGUGGGAGACAGGAUGAAAAGUAAACCUUCUCCAUUGAUCACAAACAACAAUCAAGUGAAGGUGGACUCUGUCUGA